CAGGAUACUGCGCCUGAGCCACCACUGCAGAGAAAGAAGAGUAACAGUGAUUUAUUGUGCAGAAAGUUCAGUACAAGAACUGUUAUAACAUGGAAAAUGCUGGCUCUGGGACUACAGUAGAUGAAAAUGAGUUUACAGAGGAAGAUACGACUCCUCAACUGGACUACACAUACCCUUACUGGUGCCAUCCUCCGGGUCUGACCAACGGUGAGGUGACCUGCCACUCCCCUCGAGGCAGAGCCUACAGGAGCACAUUGGGAACGCGUUGCCAGAUGAGCUGCGAUCGAGGGUACAAGCUGCUGGGAAGACGCUCCAUUAUGUGCCUCGCUAAUCGCAGCUGGUCUGGGACUGCUUACUGCCGCACCUGCAAGUUUUUAGUGCGUGUUGAGGUGAGAAGAUGUCCAGAACUCUUUCCACCCUUGCAUGGUUACCUCAGCUGCUCCUCCGAUGGGAGCAACUAUGGUGCAAUGUGUGAAUACCACUGCGAAGGAGGACACGAACGGAGGGGGGUGUCGAGUCGUGUCUGCCAAUUCAACCGAAGCUGGGGCGGAGAUCCUGCUGAGUGUGUUCCAAUUGAGAUUAAAGCCGAUGUAAAGACGGCGCCGGCUCUCCUGGAUCAGUUCUAUGAAAAGCGGAGGCUGCUGAUCGUGUCUGCACCCAACAUGUCGGACCCUGACUACCAGCUCCAGAACAUCAUGAUACAAAAAGCAGAUUGUGGAUUAGCCCUCCGGCACGUAACCGUGAUCGAGCUUCUGGGCUCUCCUCCUCGUGAGACUGGCCGCAUUAAAGAAAGUCUUCUUCAGCCUCAAGUCAUAGAGGGUUUAAGACAAGCAUUCAGAAUAUCCAGAAGCUACUUCAGCAUGGUGCUCCUGGAUGAGCUCGGUCUGGACCGAGAGCGCUUCAUUUCCCCCGUGGGUUCAGAUGAGCUGUUCUCCUACAUCGACAGUUUCCUGCUGGACGAAGAGGAACGGGAGAAACUGGAGCUCCGCAGCGAUUUCUGUGACUAAUUUAAUAAACCUCCGUCGUUGCCACA